CCCGUCGCGGGAACCUCGUCUCAAAAACGAGAGAGAAAAUUUUUGGCCUUUAUUCCCUUCUCUCCUUUAUCAUCCCUUCUCCUUUGAUUCUCCUUCUUCUCCCAUAUAUUUUUUUGAAUUCAAGAUUCUCCAUCUCUCUCUCUUUCCUCCUUUUCCCUGCUGUACGUAAGGAGAUCAGAAAGUCUUCUUGGUUAAUGAGAGAGAAAGCUGAAAAGUGUUUUAUAAGUGGAUAUAAUAACCAGCAUCAGUUAACACAAUGACGGAGGAGAAGUUAAGCCAGAGAGAAGGGGGACCAGCCACCAAAAGGGUAAAAGCCGGAAGCCGGGGAAUUCCACAGAGAAAAAUAGUGUACAAGCAGGAUGCAGGAUAUCGUUUCGACGAGCCAGCCGUAAAGGAGAGCCAAGAAGAUGUCGAGUUCUACCCGGUCCAUUUCCUGCGCACACAUUCCAAAAACAAUGACCCUGCUGAUGUCCAGACGCAGAUUUGGCAGUGUCUGUUUGAGCCCAAUGUGGAGAAGCCGCAGCACAUGACUGAUGUGGUGGCUACGUGUGGGGGGUCAUCUGUUUGUUUCAUUAAUGUGGACGAUGGAGAGGUGAUACUUAAAUAUAAUCGCAAUGCAAAGACAGUAUCAGGAGUAGAAAACCUCUACGCCCUCACUUGGUCGACACUUUCCCUGGAUGAGUUUGGUCUGAAGAGGAUGAACAUCUUGGCAGCGGCAGGUGCUCGCUCCACGGUCCUCCUCAUUCACCCCGAUGCCGGUGUCUGUUACCAGAUGUUCCGGACAGUUCCAAACAAGGCAGGAGCUGUUGUGUGCUCCCUCUUGUUCUAUCCCAAAAAGGCGACUUGGUUAUUUUGUGGCCACGAAGAUGGGCAUAUCCAGCUUUGGGACGUAGGCAUUCCAAGUCUUCCAAGCUACGAAACGACUCCAGUGCAUUUGAUGACCAUCCCUCCUGUGGUCCGUGAUGUUUUCAACUUGGCUUAUUCACAUUCACAUGACCUCUUGAUUGGGGGCUGUGAUGGGGGUCUGCAUGCAUGGAAGAUUGAUAUGCAAAAAAUUGAAAAUAAUGAAAGACUGGAACGCACAGAGUUCAUUCUGCCAGAGGUAGAUGGAAAUGGCUCUGUGCUGGACUCAGUGUGCAUGGUGCGUGAUGACCUCCUGGCGGCCAAGUGUGCUCUCCAUGGCCAGAUAUACAUCUUCUCCCUGGCUGAGACCUUAAAGCUGAGGACAGAAAGCAAGGCUGCAAAUGUCUUUGAAACUGUUGUAUCAAGUGACAUGAUGCUGAAGUUGCGAUGGAGUGAUACAGAUAAUUACUACAUGAAUAUGGGUGUUGACACAGUGUCAUGCAUCCUGGUAUGCGGUGAUGACAAAGGCACACUCUGGGUAUAUGACCUGGUUAAGUAUGUCACUGGUACUGUCAGCAGCCCCAUUACGGGAGGGUCUCCAGUCGCACCGGUCGAACCAGUUGCCCUUCUUGACUGGCCAGAGCUAGAGGAUGCAGAGGUGGAGAAAGCUAGAAAACUUCGUCUAGACACUUACGACAUUGUUGUAGAUAAGUGUGCUGUUUCCUCAAGUGGCCGACACAUUGUAGCCGUCACCUCAAACAACAUGGUCUGCAUUUGGAAGAGAGGGAAAGAAGAAGAUGAAAAUGAACAGUCACCAUCUUAGUAAUAAAAUCAAAGAAAGCGAGUUGUGUUUUUGGAGAUAAUUCAUAAGGUAGAGGCUAAGGUAUUUUUUUAUUUUGAUAUUUAAUAGAUUGUAAUUCUGUUGAAGUGAAAUGUCAAGAAUAAGAUUUGACUGUGGAGGAUUAUCUUCUUUUCACAUAGCUGUGAUAGCUAGUGUUUAUCUAGUGAGAUAAUUUUGGUUAGUAUAAUAUUAGAGAAAAAGCUGUAGCAUGAGUUUGAUGAACAGAUUUUAAUCUGUUAUAAAGGAUAGUCAUAUCUGCUUCAAAAGGAAGCCAAUUGUUUUUAGAAUUAUUUUUGGACUUUUCACUUACUUUCAGGCCAAAAGAUCUUGUUCAUUUACCAAAGGACAAGUGAGUACUUUCCUCAUUUGCAGUUAGGCUUAAAGAAUUUAUUUCUAAGGAUAAACUGCCAAUAUAUUUUGUUUUGCGUAGGUGUGUUUGUCAUUUUCAUUCAGUCCACUUUGUGAUUACACAUCCUUCCUUUUUCUUUUGGGGGAGGGACUCCUCCCUUCUUCUCAUGAUCAGUACUUUAUCUAUUUUCCUACCAGCAGAAAGUAUUUGUCAUAGUACCAUGUUUUCCCAUGUUUGUAAGUAAUGAAAGAAGGUCAAGCAAGUCGCAUCCUUGAAUACCCAUGAAUGGGUAGACUCAUAAGUGUAUCGGAAAAGGCCAUCAGUGCCUCGUCCUCAUAAUAGAGCAGCUCUUGUUAUGACUGUGGUCUUGUCAGUUGUGCCAUUUCAUUUCAUAUAUGUUGUGUAUAGGGAGUUUUGUAUAUAGUAGUUAACCUCCCAAGAUUUAGACAUUGUUGGAAGAAGAAAAAAAGAGAGAAAACCAAAAAGAUAACAUUUUGUUCAAAGAUAAGAAAGUUGUGAUAAGCAUCUCAGGCCAAAUGUAAAGUUGUCUUCAAAGAGUUGUUACCUCUUUAUAGAUCCAAAUUAAAGGCUUCCAUGUGGGUUUUUUUUAAUGUUUUUUUUAUGUCACUGAGCAGCCUCACCAUGUUGCUGAAAAGAAAUGAUUAUUUUUGCAUUUACAUUCUUUGCUCACAUUUUCUGUUUACUGUAGUUGUAUCAAUGGAGUUGAAUUUUUAGAAGACUGGUUUUAGUUGUAUUUAAUAUAUCAUCUAACAUGUAUUAUGUAUUGAAUAUAUGAAACUUAUUAUUAUUAUUAUACCAAGUCAAGGGAGUAUCAGGCUUAUUUUUACAUUAAGCCAGUAUUGAUGUGAGCAAUUCAGUAACUGAUUCAGUCUUGUUUGGUUUCCAAAUUUUCUCUUGUUAGGUCUCCUUUUUUUAAUGUUUGUAGUAUUACUAAAUAUGUAUUCCAUCUCAAGGAGUAUCACAGCCAGUGAUGAUAGUGAUAUUAAAAUGGAUAAAUUUGAAUAUUAUUAUUCUUUGUUACUCUUCAGCCGUGAUGAGAUGAAGAAAGUAUUUUACAAAAGGAGUUGUGAUGUUUCAUUCUAUUUAACUCUUGUAAUACACUGCGAAAGUGUAUUAAAUGGAAUAAAUUCGAUAUUCAA